CUCCUUUUUUGGCCCCUUGUGCUUUCCGUAGUUAUGGGAAACCACUACGCCCUUAUUUCCCCAGUCAGCCUGGCUUCGGUAUUCAUUUCCACUGCGGUGGCUGAGCUGAUGUGACGACUUCGGAAAUGUAAAUGGAAACUCAGGAAAUUCCCCAAACGAGGGAGAACGAAGGUUGUCAUUUCUGUGUCGUUGCCAACAAGACGACGGAAACAGAAAUCCUCUUGAGCGAUGAUGAGCUGGUUUGUUUUCGGGACUCCAAACCUGGCGCCAGGCAUCAUUACCUGGUUGUGCCCAGGUGGCACCUGGUAAACUGUAAAGCUCUUCACAGAGACCACAUUCCUCUAGUGGAGCAGAUGCAGGAAAUGGGAAGGAGCAUAUUGGAGAAGAACAGAGUCCAUGACCUUGAGGACAUUAGGAUGGGGUUUCAUCUGCCCCCCUUCUCAUCUGUUCCACAUCUACAUCUCCAUGUCCUCGCCCCAGCCAGUCAGAUGAGCUCCAGGUCCCUCAGCCGCUAUGGGCCCCAGUCUUAUUGGUUCAUCACAGUGGACAAAGUUCUCCAUCAGUUGAGGACUCACAGCAAGGUCAAAUGAAUAGUGUCUGCAAGGAUCUCUGCUAGUGUUAGGAGUUGCAAGACACUGUGCUGCAAUCAGCAGAAGUCUGUCAUCAUAAGGGAAUCCAUCUAAAUAUUUCAUUCUGUUUUUCUUCCCUCCCGGUUGUAUACAAAUUGAAAGUCAACUCAACACUUCCUUUUUCUUGAGACCUAGAAACUGAUGUAUUCACAACCUCAGUCAUAACCUCAUCAUGGAGCAUAAUUAAGUUAAAAUCAGAUUUAUUUUAUUUAUUCUUAUUUUACAUGCAUCCAGUAUAAAACCAUCAAAUAUUAUGAUGCAAAAUUAUUGGUCUAUCAAUGAGGGGGGAAAAAACGCAGUAGCUAGAAUAUUAUUUGUGGUUCUGAUGGAAAAAUAGUAAUUUAUUAAGUAUUAUGCUUAUCACUUACUUGAAAUAUAAUAAUUACGCUUGGAAGAGAAAACUCCCAUUAGAUGCCUAUUUAAAGUCCACCAUUACUGCUAUUAAAAAAAUUAUUCACAAGUAGGAUAAUUAAAGGAAAAAUCAACAUGCUAUUGAAGUCACACAUGCAAAAACACGAGUAGUCUUCGUCAGCCUACUCGUGUUUGUAGGGAUGAAGUUAGGUGUAGGUAUAAUGUAAAAGUUGUCCAGCUGAUAUCUUUCAAAUACUGCGUAAUAGCAGGGUGGGGAUACAGACUCUUUUUUAACACAUGAUGAUAACUCAUUAUUUAUUAAUUUAUUUCUCUUGGUUUGUUGUUUUACUGUUCAGAAUAAAGUGUAAGUUAUUAAAAGCAUUUU